AUGCACUAUAGAUUUGUCUGUUUACCCUCUUUCUUUCUUUCUUUCUUUCUUUCUUUCUUUCUUUAUCUAUCUCAGUCUAUUCAUAUCUAUCUAUUUAGUCCAUUCAUAUCUAUCUAUCACAUUUUUAAACAAGUCAAUCAAAUUCAAGCACAACCAAACAAAAAAAAAAACUAUCGGCCGCCGUCCGCAUGUCGUUGUUAUCAUUCCAUUGCAUUAAAGUUUAAAACUGAAAAACGAGAAAAAUGUCACGGAAUUGUUUUCGAUUGCCAUUUCAAAUUUCAAAGUCAUGGCUUCAUUUUCAUGCUUCACAACCUCAGUGUGCAUCCGUCUGUCGAUGUACCCGACACCUCAUUUGCUUCUUUCAUGCUUAGCAAAUAUGAAAAGCACAAAAACUUAAUAGCAAUUGAAAAUGGUAUCACUGGUGAAACAUACACUUAUGAUCAGGUGAUUACUAAAACUUUAAAAACGGCCAGUGCCUUAAAGAAAGCUGGUUAUAAAGCUGGAGACACAGUUGCUAUUUUCAUUCGAAACAGUCCAGAAUAUUUGGUCAUCAUUCUUGCAGCAUCGGCUCUUGGUCUUGUCAUAUCAACUGUCAACUCUAGUUAUACUUCAUUUGAGCUUUGCCGUCAACUGUUGGACUCUAAAUCUUCUGCAAUAUUCACCAACCCAGAUUUGGUUCCUCUGGUCAAAGAAGCUUUGGCUACAAGCAGUAAAAUAAAUAUCAAAGAUAUAUUUGUACUUGGGAAUCAUCAUGGUUGCCGUCCACUGUCUUCACUUAUGGAGGACGAUGGAAGUGCCUUUACAGAAUUAGCUCCUUGCAACAGUAAAGAGGAUACAAUGGUGUUACCUUAUUCAAGUGGGACAACUGGGAUGCCCAAAGGAGUGAUGUUAACCCAUCAUAAUAUUAUAUCCAAUAUUAUACAACUGAAUAUUUUUCCAAUUGAUGAAAAAGAAAGGUUGCUGGGGAUUCUUCCAUUCUAUCAUAUUUAUGGAAUGGUAGUAGUCCUUUUUUACAAUACAUUAUAUGGUGCCCACAUUGUUACUUUGCCAAAAUUUGAACCUGAGGGAUUCCUUUCAACACUUCAAAACAAAAAAAUACAAAUGGCUCAUCUUGUUCCACCUCUUAUUUUGUUCCUAACAAAGCAUCCCAUGGUUGAAGAUUAUAAUCUAUGUUUACGGCAAAUUUUGUCAGGGGCUGCUCCUCUUGGCAAGGACCUUUGUAUAGAAUGUACAGAAAGGCUUGGCAUUAAUAGUAUAGUCCAGGGUUAUGGGUUAACAGAAACAAGUCCAGUUGUUCUUUUAGAUUUACCACCAGUAAAGUACAGUUCAGUUGGAACUCUCAUUGGAAAUACAGAGAGUAAAAUAGUUGACACAAAAACUGGUCAAAUAUUAGGACCGAUGGAAUCAGGGGAGUUGUGUAUUCGAGGACCGCAAGUAAUGAAGGGCUACUUAAACAAACCAGAGGCUACUGCUGAAAUGAUAAAAGAUGGUUGGUUGCACACAGGUGAUAUUGCCCAUUAUGAUGAAAAUGGUUACUUCUACAUCACAGAACGAUUGAAGGAACUCAUCAAAUAUAAAGGUUUCCAGGUGCCCCCAGCAGAGUUGGAAUCUGUCAUUCUUACUCAUUCUGAUGUACAAGACUGUGCCGUCAUUGGAAUUCCUGAUGAAUUAGCUGGAGAGGUGCCACGAGGAUAUGUUGUUCUCAAAAAAGACAAAAAUGUGAAAGAGAAUGACAUUGCCAAAUAUAUUGAAAAUAAAGUUGCUCCCCACAAAAAACUUCGAGGAGGUGUGGAAUUUGUGAGUGAAAUCCCUAAAAGUGCCGCUGGAAAGAUUCUGCGCCGAGUGUUGAAGGAUAAAUAUUUAUCUGGGAAAUGA